AUGAAAUUGGAAGCAUUGCCGGAAGAAUGUAUAGUUCAAAUCUUGUCUUUCACGUCGCCUAAAGAAGCUUGCCAACUCUCAACCGUGUCAACCAUCGUACGUGAUGCAGCGGAUUCUGAAGUCUUGUGGGAGAAAUUCUUGCCGUCCGAUUACCGGGAUAUUCUUUCCCGGCUGGUUUUCCCGUUGGAGUUCAAAUCCAAAAAGGAUUUGUUUCUUCAGCUUUGUCAACCUCUUCUCAUCGAUGGUGGUAAAAGCGAUGGCACAUUUUACAUCGAUAAAUAUAUCAACAAAAAGUGUUUCAUGCUGAGUGCAAGGGACCUUAACAUCACCUGGUCAAGCAACACUCUCUAUUGGUGCUGGAAGCCAUUUCAACCAUCAAGAUUUCCCGAAGUCGUGGAGCUUAUAAUGGUGACAUGGCUAGACAUCCAUGGAAAGAUCAACACCAAAAUGCUAUCUCCUCACACCAAAUACGGAGCCUACCUAGUGAUCAAACUCGCGGAUCGCGCUCAUGGAUUACAUUCAUUUCCAUCGGAGGUUUCAAUCGAAGCCGGCGACUACAAAUCGCGCGGCUCGACUCGUCUGAGGCACAAAGGCCUCAACAACAUUGGAUGUAGCAUUUGCUGUGGAUGCAUAUUGCAUUCUUCAAAUCAACCCAUAAAUCCGGCGUUUUGUAGGGGAAAAGAAAGGAUUCUCAAUGAAAGGAAAGAUGGAUGGUUGGAAUUGGAGUUGGGCGAAUUUUACCAUGAUGGAAAUGAGAAGGAAGUCAAAAUGUGCUUAAAAGAGAUUUAUGGCCAACAUAUUAAAGGGGGAUUAAUUGUUGAGGGCAUAGAGCUCAGACCCGUAGUAUAA